GUUCGUUGUAAUGUAAAUUGAAUUUUAGAUUCAGUAAUUUAUUAUAUUAAUUUAUUAUGAUGCUUGUUUAUAUUUCAGUUAAGACUUAACAUUUUUUAUGCCGAUUCAAUUUUCUUACCAAAACUGUUUGAAAUAUUUGAGUAUAUAAUAACAACGCCGUUAAGAUUUGUUUGACAACAAAAGUAUAACCUUAUAAAAUGAUAACUGUUUAAAUCUAAACAAAAAUGGAUUUCAAAAUAAUAAGCAGUCAUGGAAUGUCAUUAAAAAUUAGAAGUAGUUUAGUAGGAGGAACAUGCUUAAACCAAGAAGUACGCUUGUUCGAUUUUGGAAAUGUUGUAGUACGAAAGGAUUAUAUGGAAGAUGAGGGCGUUCGUGUUUUAUCAGGAGGCCCAUAUUACAUUGGAGAUUUCGUUGGAAAAGGAAUGCUUACAGCAGCCAUUCAAGGAGACAAUUUCACAGCUCCAACUUCCAAUCUAAUUUUACGUACAUUGAGGGAGUUGUCAUAUAAUCACAUUAUGGGCACUCUUGUGAUUAUACCUGCUUCAUCAGGAUGUACAUUAAAUUUUGGUCUUGCUAUAGAAAGAGCUAUUAAUGAUGAAUUGGCAGUAAAGAUGUUGACUGUUUCUGACGAUUUAUUUAAUGACAAACACCAACAAAUAUCCCAAAGAACUUUAAGCGCCAUUAUUUUACUAUAUAAGAUAGCUGGGGCAAUGUCUGCUGCCAAAAAAUCUCUUAUAGAAAUAUAUGAGUAUUGUCAGAAAAUGUGUCAGCAAGUACAAAGCAUGGAAGUGAAUUUACCCAACCCAUAUGUGACACCAAAUUCCACAUGUAUGUGUAUUGAUGGUACAUUUAGUAGUAUUAAGGCAACACUGUCACAAAUGGAUCAUACAGUAGCAACUAUUAAGGUACCUUUGGCUACCAUGAUCCACAUAAUACAAGACACUAACAGUUUCAGAAUUGACCCCUCAAAAGUUGUUGAUACAGCAAGGUUAACACUCUGCAGUGGCGAUAAUCUGGUGAUCUUAUUAAAUAACAAUGCAGUAAUCACUACAACUGAACAAAAUAUUUGUGUUAAAGAUGUGCUGGAUUAUUUAACAGCUUUUAAUAUCAAUGUAGUAAGAUUUUAUGUUGGAAAUUUUAUUAAAUGUUCUGAUAAUCCAUCAUUAACAAUAACUUUGUUGAAAGUGGAUGAUAGCAGUGUGUUGACCUAUUUGGAUGCUAACUACGGCAAUGUUCCAGGGUGGAGGGCUGUAAAUCAAAGUAUUGGACCUUCACUGACAACAGCAGUAUCAAUACCAGGUAACUUAAGAAGAAAAGAGCGAAUUACACCACCCAUUAGAGGACCGAAACUUAGUGAUGAAGCUUCAAACAUUAUGUACUUUGCUAUGCAAUUUGCCUGUGAUGCUUUAAUUUCAUGUGAGAAGCAGCUCAAUGUUAUUGACUCCGAGAAAGGAGAUGGAGAUACUGGAACACGAAUGAAAACGGUGGCAGAGCUUUUAAUCAAACGAAUGCGUCAAGACAAAGUCAUUCUUAAUUACCCUUUUACUUUUUUCGAAACAAUGAGCAGAUUUCUGGAAAAAAGUCUGGGAGGUACUAGUGGCUGCAUAUACAGUAUUCUUUUUGAAGCCGCGGCCAAAAGAUUCGCUGGUUUUAAGGAUUCGUUAGAUGUUACUACGGAUAUGUGGCUCGAAUCUUUCAAGGCUGCUGCUGAUGCAUUGCAGAAAUACGGAAAUACGAGAUUCGGAGAAGGGACACUCUACGAUCCUAUUUACAUCUUUUGUGUGACCGCCAAAGAAGAGUUGGGGAACGGCGCUGAUAUUUUAAUAGCUGUUGAAAAAGCAGUACGCAAGUCCGAAGAGGCUAUCAGUAUGACAAAGAGAGAUAAAAAGUAUCCCGAUCCUGGAGCUCAUGCAGUGGGUAUAUGGAUUCGCGCAAUAUUUGAAGGAGUAAAAUUGAGAUGGCCAGUAGAUGUAGCUUGUAUGUAAAAAGGAAAGACUGAAUAAAUGUUUUUAUAUAA